AUGGACAUGGAUCAAAACAGCCGUAACUCUACCGAGAACUCGAGCAGAAGAGUGAAAUCUGAGCCCUCAGACGAAUUCGGAGGCUUGUUCAAUACGUCGAACCACAGGUCUAAGCCACACACAAGGAGUUUCGGUAACGAUCGCUUUGCCACUGUCAAAUCUGAUUGUUCUCAACGGAAUAUCGCUCCUCGAUAUAAGACAGCUGCAGAUUCUCAGAAGCUUGGGGAAUCUUACCAACAUACACUACGACCCUCAAGACAAGACAUAGACAACCCCGUGAGGGACCCUGGUAAUAGACAUACUGAAGGACAGAUCGGGGGAUGGUCCAAUAACGAGAGCAUCAAAUCAUCUGUUGAAUAUAGUUCGAAGGGACGCUAUUUUACGCCUGUACAGAUCGCGAGAUUUCAAGCCGAGCUCAAGAAGAACUCAAUUCUAACUAGCGACGUCCGCAAAAUGCUUGCCACCGAGUUCGGGCGGACUGAAGAAUCUAUUCAGGUAACUCCAGACUCGUCAUUGGAUUUCAUCCGGGAAGUUAACACUGUUAAUGGAUGCUUCCGAAGACAAAGGAAAAUUAGCACAAACUUUCCUACGCUUGCUGACACUUUAACGUCGGAGAAAUCGAGUGCUGACGAAGAUGGAGCUCAACCCGACGCAGUAAAGUUGGUUACCAGAUCACAGGAAUUGAUACCUAAGAAUUUUAGAACGAGCGCCCAGCAUGAGUCAAACUUCCAGGAUGGAGCUGACAAUUUUGGACCUGCUGUUAAAAUUGAUCUUGAGGGAGAGAGAACGACUUCCAACAAACGCCGUCGUGGCUCGUCAGAGGAUGGAAGAUUAGAAGCUGGCCCAAAGGAAACUCCAAGUAUGGUUCCUCAAGAAAGUAAUUCCUGGCAUCAGCAGACCCCAACAACCAUGGUCGGCACGAAUCAGGGAGGAGGCGGCGAGAGGCUUCACUAUUCUAACACAAGGGAAGGACUCCCAGGAUUGAGAGAAUUGCGAGCAAAAAUUGUGGGGGACAUUGUGAUGCUCAAAAAGAAGUUGCACCAGAGUCGCAUUGAUUUACUCAAUGUUGUGGAAGAGAUCGAGGACAUGGGGAGAAUGGAGGGGGCUUUGUAA